UGUAGUUGUUCAAUUGCAUCGCAAAGAACAUACCGCCAUAUUUCCAGAGAGCAAACUGUUUUGCAUUUGGUAUACGUUAUUUACAAAUUACAAGCAAGGUGGUAGUGCGUACCCGCAAGGUGCUCUAACUCAAAGGUUGCUAUUUGGAGACCGGAAUAAGUUUUUCUGCGUUUUGUUAGCGUUGACACCGAACCAAUAAUAAGUGAAUACAAAGUUCACACACAGAGUGCAGAUGAAAGAUGACAAAAAGAGCUGGUUUACUUCGGUCGAGGGGGCUUCCCUCCAGCACACGAGGCAGUGAACUGCUCUAGAGCGUCCGCAACUCCCCCGACCGAAAUCGCAAUCUCGCGUAAAGCUGUCUUCAUCCUUGCGAUUUCAUCGUCCUUCAUCUUAAUCUCCCGUUUCAGCGCGCUUUCGGCGACUUUUUGUUGAGUCUUCUGUCUGCGUAAGAAGUCCUCGAAGAGAUUCACCACAGAAGUACUGUAUGCCUUCUCCACGCGGUUUUCUCGACGUUGGCGUAUAAUGUUGGCUUCGGCACGGGUCAACUGAAAGCGAAUGUCCUUAUUGUCCCACAAAGUUUGGUUCUAGAAUUUGUGUUAUCAAUACCGCAGAAAGGCGAAAAGUAUUUGGCUUACCUGCUCGACGACCUCUGCAACAAUCUGGUCUUUCAUUGUCGGAUCUUGCUCAGCAAUAAUGCUUGCAUUGGCAAGCGCGAUCCGGAUCGUGCGUAAUAAUUCUGGGAUUGGAUCCAUUGUAUCCUCUACACCUUUACGUAAUUCGAAUUUCAAACGAACAAACAAAUUUUUAUUGAAACAAAAUCCAGUUCAGGUACGAGUGGGUACGGAAAGCAAAUUGCAGGAAUGAUUGGACACCACAGGAUUGUGUUGCGGGUGCAGGUCACCAGUCAGAGGACAAAGCGCAUUCAACCCGUCCGUAGACAGGAGGUUCGUCGCUUGCGCAUUUACGAUUAACCUAAACUCGACAUGUUCAGAAAGGUCACAGCCGUACUUGGGAUUGCGCCUUUAUUCGGCUACUUGUUUCGGAACCUCGCAGGUGUGUUCCCCUGUUUGCAAGACCCGCCUUUGCGCAUGUGCGCACUUGGACUUCGGUUGGGAAUGAUUCAGAAGAUUCUCCAUCGUGACUCGUACGUCGGUUACCAAUGCCAACCUACGGAACUUCUACUAUCACUUACAAGUUUACAGUUCGAAAUUUUCAAAAUUGCAAAUCCCUGUGAGCUUUCAGAGCUCGGUUUAUUGUUUUUGGUUUUUUCCGCAUUGACCGUAUCGCAUUUUGGGAAAUGAGCAUGGCUUGUGUUCCUGUGGACGAGGCGGCUCCACGAUUAGGCUGGCAGGAUGAACUGGAAAUGUUCGACUCUUUACUGCGUGAAAGAGAACAGGAGCGGUCCCGACGUUUAGCUCUCCUCCAGGAAAUGGUUCGUGAUAUGCAGCCAAAGGCAGAAUCAUCACGUAUCCGCAAAGAAAAGCGCCGCAUCCGCAGAGAAGAGCGUCGUAAGUUCCGUGAAGAUCUGAAGCGUUGGCGUCGUAUGGCACGCGACUUGAAAAUGUGGGCUAAGGAAAUUCAGCGUUGUGUUCGAGAGCAUACCACUGCUCAUAUGGAUCGUGCCUAGCUGUAUUUUUAUGCCUUUGCCAUACGGGUUCUCUCUGACGCGGACUCCAGUUGUGUUCGCAAGGAUGUUGAAUAUUUUAUUCUGUAUCUUGGUUUAAAAUUGAAGCAAUUCUUUAUCCGGUUAUUACAUUACUGUACAUUACCAUUGCAGCCGUGGACCGGAACUGUCGCUAUGUUAUCGCAAAUUAAACAUUUGAAUAAGUACCUAGCUGCUGCUUUCUGUCCUUUCAAAUGAAAACUUCGACAGACGGUUUUUAAAUAAAGAGCUUCAAUUCAUGUAGGCAUAAAAAA